AUGCCGCGAUUCCUGAACACCUUCACGGGCGAGUUCGAGUGGCACAGUGAUCCGAAGAAUGCCAUCUACGCUAUUCUAUCCCACGUUUGGCGCGACGCCAAGGAUGGCGGAGAGCAGACGUUCGAUGACGUGCGGAGGAUCCAGGAGGCUGUGAGGGGAGGCCGUCCACCUGCCACUAAUCCGUCACCGACGGUGUACCGCGAAGAGGACACCAUCUUCGCCCAUCCUGAUCUCUCGGACAAAAUCAAGGGCUUCUGCAAGGUCGCUCGCGAGGCCGGAUUUGAUUGGGCAUGGAACGAUGCUUGCUGCAUCGACAAGACGAGUAGCGCCGAGCUCUCCGAGGCUAUCAACUCGAUGUACGAGUUAUACAAGUUCUCAGACGUCUGCUACGUCUACCUCGCAGACGUCCACCACGAAAGCAACGGGAAUAUAAAGUCGCUAUUCCGAAAGAGCAGAUGGCACAAGCGAGGCUGGACAUUGCAGGAACUUCUCGCACCGGAGCGCGUAGAGUUUCUGACGCGGGACUGGACCUUCCUGGGAACAAAAAUAGGACUCGCUCGGACGUUGUCGAACAUUACUGGAGUGGACGUCAACAUCCUCACGGGUCGGGCCACCGUAGACUCGGCUAGCGUUGCUCAACGGAUGUUGUGGGCCUCGCAGCGAGAAACAACGCGCAUCGAGGACAGAUCAUACUCGUUGAUGGGUCUCUUUGGUGUCCACAUGCCUACCAUCUACGGCGAAGGUCCCAACGCGUUCCUCCGUCUCCAGGAGGAGAUUCUUCGGACGGUCCCCGAUCACAGCCUUUUCAUCUGGGGUGGCUAUGUGCGGAGACCAAGUCUAAUCUUCCACAAAGAACAUCACAUGCAGCGGAUCAUGGCACAAACCGACUUCAUAAUCCCUGCCGACCUGGACUGGGAGUGCGAGGAUGAAUACAAAGUGCGGCUUCUGCGGCUGGGACUGGAGUGGGCAAAUUGGGGUAUCGGUCUGCUUGAUCCAACCGACCCAGGUACUCUUCGCGUACUAUGGCUCACCAUCGAUCUGUCGGAGAAGUACGAAAUCCAACUCCCGAACGACGUAGACAAGGGCAGGCACACCGGCUUCGCCCCUGUGGAGCCCCUGUCCGAUGUUUUAUUUCCACGGUGCGACGCUAUGAUCCGAACCACUCCGACAUCCGAUUCCACUAUCACUAUGCUUGGUGCCACGACGGCAGGGCCCGCAGAGAAACACCUCGGUCAAAAGCGGCCGCGUGAAGUGGGCUUGGAUGUGGAGCCGCUGGAGAGUGAUCAAGCGAAAAGGGCCCGUCUCGAUUCUCCACGCAUGGAAAGCCUCUUGGAGGGGGAGUUUACAGUGGCCUGUCAAGAACGCACGGACCCGCAUCCUUCUCGCAUGGAGAGCCAAACCAACAGCAGCGCCGGUCGUGUCGCGGGUUCCGACUGUCAGAGCACCACUUUCAGCCAAGAAGGAAGGAGUAUAGGCACACGAGAAAACAUUACGAUGAUGUCGCAUGCAACACCAGUGCACACGCCAUCGUCCUGUCUCAGUAAUGUCUAUAACGACGUUGACGCUGCUACUUUGCUGCUUUCGCUUUCCGGAGUGCGCUCCUUUGAAGGGACUUGCGAUGUUGGGUCGAGCGACAAACCCGAAGGCUAUGAGAGCCAUCAGUCGUUUCGCAGAGAUCCUCCUCCCCCUGCAAUCAAUCAACCCAGCAACCCACCAAACAUUAUCGAACCCUCCGAGCGCGCAGGUACAUGGUAUGUGGACCCCGCUCCCAUACACCCAUUGCGACACGACAGCGAUCGUCUGCCCUCCUCCACGGACAUCCCAUCGCUGUCUCGUAGGUCCCCGCGUAUCCAAUCUGGCGGUGAUGCUUCACUCGAGCUACCGGAGUCGAACGACAGCUUUUGGAGCUCAGAGAUCAGGCGGCCCUCGACUGGACUGAAACGGGGCGACCAUAGGUCUCUUGGAGACAGAGUCAUCAACCAGGCAAUGGAUGGUGGCGACGACUCUCUCAGCCGACAUGAGGACUCCGCCCUCCGGGCGCAGAUCGAGCUCUUGACGAAGAAGAAUGUGGAGCUGUCGUCGGCGGUGGAAGCCCUCUCUUCUCAAAACGGAGUCCUCGCAUCGCAGAUGGCCACCGUGUUGGCUCGACUGGAUGCUCAGGCCGCGUCUCCAGGACACGCCUCGCGCGCCGCGUAG